AUGGGUUCCCUUUACGUUGUUCUGAUUGCUUGUGUUGUCGCCAUAGGCGGGUUUACAUAUGGAGUGGACUCAGGGAUCAUCGCGACCACUUUGGGCCAUGACACAAUCAAAUAUGCCAUGUUGGGACCGACAGGUACGAAUGCGGCCUUGACAGGUGCCAUCGUAUCUCUCUAUAACGUUGGGCAGGCCAUUGGGACUUUUGGGGCAGGAUACUCGGCCAAUCGAUUCAGCCGACGGUGGACGAUCUGCGGAAGCGCGUUAAUUUCUAUCGUUGGAGCCGUGCUUCAAUGCGCAGCCGUGAACGCCGGAAUGAUGAUAGCUGGACGCUUCUUCGCUGGCGUCGGCUGUGGCAUCAUCCUCACCGUCGUUCCCAUAUACAUUGCCGAAGUCUCCCCUCCUGAGAAGCGAGGAAUGAUCGUGGGACUGCAGGGUUUCAUGAUUGCCAUGGGUUUCUUCGCAGCCAACUGGAUAGGCUACGGAGGGGAUGCCGCGAAUGGUGAUUCACAAUGGCGGAUACCGUUGGCUAUGCAAAUACCAGCGCCACUCGCUUUGGCGGUUGGUUGCUGCUUCGUCCCUUAUAGUCCGAGAUGGUUGGUCCAGCAGGAGCGUUACGAGGAAGCGCAAGCCGUCUUACGAGUCAUUCAUGGUCAGGACGACCAUAACGACGACCGGGCGAUGCAAGAACUCAGUGAAAUCCGAAAUCAAAUCGGAGCCGAAUCGGCCACUGCAACCGGUUUUUUGACUGCCAUCACAAGUCUGUUUUCGCGGAAAUACCUGCACCGCACACUGCUCGCCUGCUUUCUACUUGUCAUGGGCCAGUUCAGCGGGUCGCAGGUCAUUCAAAACUAUCAGGGAACAUUUUAUGCCGCUGUUGGUUUUACUGGACGGACAUCACUCCUGAUCAGCGGGAUAUACGGAAUCAUGGGUGUAUUGGGCCAAGUUAUCUAUCUCUUUUGCGCCGCGGACAAGUGGCCGCGCACCCGCACACUCUGGGUCGGCUCUAUAUUCCUGUCGGCGAUGAUUGCUAUCUGCAUGGCGUUAUCCGCGGUGUACGGAGACGAAGAUAACAGCAAUGUGAAUGGGGCCAGGGCAGCAAUCGCCAUGAUCUUCCUCUACUCGUGUGGAUACGCCGUGUUCUUCAAUGCCACUAUCUGGGUCGUGCCUUCCGAGCUGUUUCCGUUCUUCCUGCGCUCAACCGGGAUGGGCCUUGGUGUUUUCUCCAAGUCUGUGGCUGCCAUCGUGCUUUCGCAAAUCACACCAACUGCAAUGGAGAACGUUGGUUGGAGGUACUAUGCCCUCUUCAUUGCCACUAACCUUGCCGCUGCGCUCGUCUAUUUCUUCUUGCUUCCAGAGACGGGUGGUAAGACACUCGAAGAAAUAGCUGAACUGUUCGGAGACAGUGUUGCCAUCAGUCCUUCGAAGAUAAACGAUGACCUGCCAUCCACGGAGGUGAAUGCAAACAAAGACUCCAGAUCGAUGCAUGUGGAAAAGGUAGCGUAA